AUGUCGCUGGUGUCACCACCCUUAGUCUGUUUCCUGUGGGUAGUGGCCGUUUUUGGGCCGUUGUCUACACAGGCAGUAGCCCAGGACCCCAAUCAUGCUCUCAUUACGCUUUUUGAAUCCUUACAAGUCCAAAUUACUGAGCUACAAAGAAAAGUUGAUCAAGGGUUUUCUGGAUCUUGCAAAGGGAAACCCAAAGACUGUGCAGAUAUUCUGAACGCCGGGAAAAAUGUGUCCAAAGUCUACUCGAUUUACCCCGGGGGAGGUCCCGCCACGCAGGUGUACUGUAACAUGGACGACGACGGCGGAGGGUGGACUGUUAUCCAGCGGAGAUUCAACGGUUCCGAGAACUUUUUCCGGAGUUUUGCUGACUAUGCUGCUGGAUUUGGGAAUAAGACUGGAGAGUACUGGGAAGGAAAUGAAAACAUUCACGCCAUUACAUCCCAGUGCAAAUACGAGUUGAAGAUCGUUUUGACUGACUACCAGCAUCACACCAAGGUCGCCAAGUAUUCCUCAUUUUCCGUUGGAGACAAGGCAACAAAGUAUGCUCUGAGCAUAGCUGGGUAUUCCGGUGAUGCAGGUGACGGGUUGGUGAUCGAUCACAAUGGCCACGCCUUCUCGACAGCUGACGCAGAUUCGGAUGGUGCGCAGUCGAUCAACUGCGCACAGAAGCAUAAAGGUGGUUGGUGGUACUCGAAUUGCUUCAAAUCAAAUUUGAAUGGUGAAUGGGGAAAGGCAGGUGAAACGGGAAUCGUGUGGGGACCAUUCAAGGAUUGGCAGAUGUAUGCCCUCAAAGAGACGACCAUGAUGGUUCGGCCUGUAGAUUGUGAUUAAUGAUUCCAAAAUGUUUCAACUUUAAUUCAAGAACAUAAAGAGUUAAAUUUCUAAAUGAGCUCUGUUCUUACAUUAAAUUCUAAUGUUCAAUGCUAU